UUACGGGCAUUAGUAAAUACUCAUCAGUAUAUUCUAUUCCUUUGAAUGGUUUACUUUACUCUUUAAAAAUAAGUGUAUAGAAAAUAUUUUAUAAGAAAAAAUAAUAUAAAAAAAAUUUUAUAAUAAAAUAAUAAAAUAAUAAUAAUAAUAAUAAUAAUAAUAAUAAUAAUAAAUCUUUAAAGAUUUAAAAUUAGAGUAAUUGACAAUAUCAUAUAUUCAUUAUGGAACACGAUAUACAACUUAAUAAUGUAAACAUAUCCGUUUCAACAAACGCAUCACCAAGGGAUGAAAAUAAUUCGAAAAAUAGAAAUCCUGAUAUUACAUAUGGAAUAGACGAUGUUCCACCAUGGUAUUUAUGUUUAUUUAUGGCACUACAGCAUUAUUUAACUAUGAUUGGUGCUAUAGUUUCAAUACCAUUUAUCCUAACACCUGCACUUUGUAUGGCAGAAGAUGAUCCAGCAAGAAGUCAUAUAAUUUCCACAAUGAUUUUAGUCACAGGAUUAGUAACAUUUAUACAGACAACAUUUGGAUGCAGACUGCCUUUAGUCCAAGGUGGAACAAUAUCUUUUUUGGUUCCUACUCUCGCUAUAUUAAAUUUACCACAAUGGAAAUGUCCAAAUCAGGAGGUAUUAGAAACAAUGUCUCCUGAUGAUCGAACUGAAUUAUGGCAGGUACGAAUGCGUGAACUUUCAGGCGCAAUUGCCGUAUCUGCUUUAUUUCAAGUAAUUAUUGGAUUUGGAGGAAUAGUGGGAUAUAUUUUAAAAUUUGUCACACCACUGACAAUAGUUCCAACGGUAUCAUUAGUUGGAUUAUCAUUAUUUGAAAAUGCUGCAGAAGCUGCAUCACGACAUUGGGGUAUCGCCGUGGGAACAAUAUUAAUGUUGACACUGUAUUCGCAAAUUUUGGUCAAUGUCAAAUGUCCAAUAAUUGUAUAUAAAAAGGGCCAAGGAAUACGAAUUAUUUGGUUUUCUCUAUUUAAACUAUUUCCAGUAUUAUUAACAAUAGUUGUUAUGUGGAUAAUUUGUAUUAUUUUAACGGUAACCGAUACUCUUCCACCUGGACAUCCAGGUAGAGCGGAUACAAAAAUAAAAAUUCUUAACGACUCACCAUGGAUCCGCUUUCCAUAUCCUGGUCAAUGGGGUAUUCCUACUGUAACUCUUUCCGGUGUUCUCGGCAUGUUAGCUGGAGUAUUGGCGUGUACUGUCGAAAGUAUAAGCUAUUAUCCAACGACGUCAAGAAUGUGUGGAGCUCCUCCACCACCAGUGCAUGCAAUUAAUCGCGGUAUUGCAAUCGAAGGAUUGGGAACUAUGCUGGCGGGUCUUUGGGGCAGUGGAAAUGGAACGAAUACUUUUGGAGAAAAUGUUGGAACAAUAGGAGUAACCAAAGUAGGAAGUCGAAGAGUAAUUCAAUGGGCUUGCUUACUUAUGAUUCUACAAGGUAUUAUUAGCAAAUUUGGAGCUGUUUUUAUUAUUAUUCCAGAACCAAUUGUUGGGGGAAUAUUUUGCGUUAUGUUUGGAAUGAUUGCCGCAUUUGGUUUAUCAGCAUUACAAUAUGUCAAUCUGAAUAAUGCAAGGAACUUGUAUAUUCUUGGUUUUUCAAUUUUUUUCCCAUUGGUUUUAUCUAAAUGGAUGAUUCAACAUUCGAAUAUUAUACAUACAGGAAGUGAAACAGCCGAUGGUGUUAUAACAGUUUUAUUGAGUACAACAAUUCUAGUUGGAGGAAUUACCGGUUGUGUUUUGGAUAAUAUUAUACCAGGCGACCUUGAAGAUAGAGGUUUAAUUGCUUGGGCUAAUGAAAUGGAAUUAAACUUCGAUGGUGAAAAUAAUGAUGAUCAAAAUGAAUAUGUUCCAAAUACAUUUGAUUUUCCCAUAGGAAUGAAAUUAUUAAGAAGGUGGAAAUGGACAUCCUAUUUACCUUUCAUGCCAACUUAUAGACCACGAUCUUAACAGUUAUAUUAUUCUGAUAUAAUAAUUUUUAAAUUAACAAAUUUUUGAUAUUCAAAAAAUUAAUAAUUAUGUGAUAACAGUAAAAUGUUAAUUUUAUACAGUUAUAAAAUUUUGCUACAAUCAAAUUGCUCACAAUUAUUUAUAAAUUGUGAUUUUGUACAAAAAAAUAUUUAAUAGGCAAUUGUACUUAUUUAAUUCAAUUUUAUUAUU